AUGACUUCAUCACAUCUUUGGGCACCUUCGCUUGAACCACGUACAAUAAUAAAUUCCUGGGCAUAUAAACAUGCUAUAAUAAAUGAAUGUGUUAGUAUAGGUAAAGAAGAAGACGAAUAUGAAGCACAAGUUUGUUUAAAAGCGAUAAAAGAUAGAGGAAAGAGAUUACCUAUUCCUGGAAAAUAUAGAAUCAAAGCUUGUGAAGAUGAUCCAGAUAGGGAUGGGGAUGAGGAAAUGGUUCAAGAUAAUGGCCUCAAUAAUCGCAAUAAUAGCCUCAAUUUUUACAAUAAUAAUGUUAGCAAUGGAAUGAUAGUUGUUCAUAAGUAG